GCACCGGGAGCUCGGCGCUGCCGGAGUGCUGCCUGCGCCGGCGGGGAGUGGCGGGGGGCGGCAGCCGAGAGGCGGCACCUAGGUCCUUCCCCCGUCUCCAUCACCCCGGCUGCCGUGGAAUGGCCGCGGCCGAGCGGAGCGCGGGGGUGAGGUCUUUACUAAUGUGCUGACUCACCCAAAAUGUCCAUAAGAGAAUAAUGGAAGCUCCUGAAUACCUUGAUUUGGAUGAAAUAGAUUUUAGUGAUGACAUAUCGUAUUCUGUAACUUCUCUCAAGACCAUCCCAGAAUUAUGCAGAAGGUGUGAGUCACAAAAUGAAGACAAAUCAGUUUCCAGCAGCAGCUGGAACUGUGGGGUCUCAACUCUUCUUGGAAAUGCACAGAAACCAACAGGAAUUGCAGAUGUCUGCAAUAAAUUCAGACCAGUGAAGAGGGUUUCUCCAUUAAAGCACCAUCCAGAAAGCUCUGAGAACAAUGAAAGUGAUGACCAGAAGAACCAGAAGGGAGAAUACCAGAAAGGCAGUGAUUCUCAGUCUGCACCUCCAAAUGAUGACCAGAGUCCAGGAGAAGGAGAGAGCCUUAAAAGCAAAAGCACUGAGCCUGCUGUUCUGCUUGGGGAGCUGGAGCACUAUGAUCUGGAUAUGGAUGAAAUUUUGGACGUGCCUUAUAUUAAAUCAAGUCAGCAACCUGUUCCUUUUAUAAAGGUAGCUCCUGAGAAAAAACUUCUAAAUGUGUGUUCAACUGUGAAUGGUCCAAGUGUCAAGACCUGUCCUGCAGGGAGCACAGAGAGCUUGCCUGCUGGCGGGAUGCAGUUUUGUGUACUGUCUCCUGUAAAAGGCACUCAGCUGAGAAAAACACAACCCAUUGUUCUUGAUCAGCAAAAGCAUUCAGCAGAAGAAUUAGAGCUUUCCCAGCAUUUAGUUAAGUGUAGCUCAGCCCAUGAAUCUGAAGCCCGAGGUAAGGGCUUCUUCAGCAAGACACUUGGUGAUCCUCUUGCUCACAAAGCUGAGAAGAUUAUGCCAAACUGCCACCGGAGGACUUUCCACCUGCAGACGGCACUGGCAGAAAGCAAGCAGCUAGAGGAGCUGAGUAUGAACUGGAGCAGUGCAGGGGGCCCAGAAGAGAGGAGCGAAGAGGUGAAAAAAAUUAAAAGCAUCUUAAACAUUGUAAAAGAAGGCCAAAUAUCUUUACUGCCACAUUUAGCAGCAGAUAAUCUGGAUAAGAUCCAUGAUGAAUGUGACAACAAUCUGUUGCAUGUAGCAGCUUCAAAGGGACAUGCAGAAUGCCUGCAGCAUCUCACUUCUUUGAUGGGUGAAGACUGUUUGAAUGAACGAAACAUUUUGCAGCUAACUCCAGCUGGGUUAGCAAUAAAGAAUGGUCAGCUGGAGUGUGUUCGGUGGAUGGUGAGUGAAACAGAAGCUAUUGCAGAACUCAGUUGCUCAAAAGACCACCCAAGCCUUAUUCAUUAUGCAGGUUGCUAUGGCCAGGAGAAAAUCCUUUUAUGGCUUCUUCAGUUUAUGCAAGAACAAGGGAUUUCACUGGAUGAAGUUGACCAGGAUGGAAAUACUGCUGUUCACAUAGCUGCUCAACAUGGCUAUCUAGGAUGCAUACAGACAUUGGUUGAAUAUGGAGCAAAUGUCACCAUGCAAAACCAUGUGGGAGAGAAACCCUCUCAAAGUGCUGAGCGACAUGGGCACACCAUGUGUUCCCGCUACUUAGUAGUUGUGGAGACAUGUAUGUCACUGGCCUCUCAGGUUGUCAAGCUGACUAAGCAGCUGAAGGAGCAGACUGUGGAACGUGUGACAUUACAGAACCAGCUCCAGCAGCUUUUAGAAGCCCAGCGGUUGGAGGGCAAGUCACUGCCUACAUCCCCGAGCUUGUCAUCAUCUCCUGCUUCUGGCAAGCUCCAGUGGAAACUAUCUGAAGCAGAUGAAUUGUCUCCACCAAAAAGUAAAUUGAACACCCAAGAUGGGAUUCAGAUUCUUGGCAGCUUGGGAAUGAGCACAUCUACUCAUGCUCAAGCUAAGAUAAAAGAUGAGGACUCCGAUAAAAUCUUGCGUCAGUUGUUGGGGAAAGAAAUCUCUGAAAAUGUGUGUAUGCAAGAAAAGCUGACUUUGGAAUUUCAGGAUGCUCAUGCAUCCUCCAAGAAUGUGAAGAAGAUUUUGCCAGAGAAAAGGGAGCUGAAGUUAGCCCGACUGAGGCAACUGAUGCAGCGGUCUCUUAGCGAGUCUGAUACAGAUUCAGCUAAUUCUGAGGACCAUAAGAACACCCCUGUGAAAAGAACUGACAAACCAAGACCUCAGCCUAUAGUGGAGAGUGUUGAGAGCACAGAGAGUUUGAACAUGAUGCUUAAGAAGCAUACUUCCACAGCAGGAUGGCGCUUCCCUUUUGGUAUCAGGGUCUCUAAAUCUGUGGAUGGCCACAGUCCUUCCCCUACUUCGGAGAGCAGCGAUGUGGAUAAUGAAUCCCCAUAUCAGUCUGGUACUGUACCUCAGAACCCGUUCUGUGGAGACAACUCUCCAUCCAGCACAGACAGUGCUACUGCCCAAAAGGUUGCGACUAGCCCAAAGAGUGCUCUCAAGUCUCCAUCCUCAAAGCGCAGAACCUCUCAAAAUUUGAAACUUCGAGUAACUUUUGAGGAGCCUGUGGUGCAGGUGGAACUAGCAGAGUCAGAACUAAAUGAGGAAAAGGAUAAAGACCGGAGUAAAGGACUUGUGCAGGCUCCAGCCAGCUCUGCAGAGCAUGCAGGGGACCAGCUGAAAAGGCCUUUUGGAGCCUUUCGAUCCAUAAUGGAGACACUGAGUGGCAACCAAAAUAACAACAACAACUGUCAAACAGCAAACCUCAUCAAAACCUCCUCAACACUACCUUUUACCUCACUAGGAAGGAAGACAACAGAAAGUAAGGGAAAUCCAGCAGUUGUCUCAAAAGGAAGAAACAAGCCAAAGAGACAGAUGUAGGAAAUGCUGUGGGUGCAGUAUGUGGAAUGGAGAGAAAUGUGAGCAUCUGGAGAUACAGUAGAGGUGAGUGAGAGGGAAUUGUAGAUGAUUUAAUCCUCUAUGGAAGAUAGGCAAGGAGGGAAGCAGUGGAUGGAAAGACAUGAGGCGAAGAAUAAUUUCAGGAUAAAAAAAACCAUAAAGCAGGCUAAUAGGAGGAGGAGCAGCAGUAGUGAAUUAUGUACAGUAAAAAGUAUGACAAGGUAAAUGGGAGAAAAAUACAGGAAAAAUUUAGACAAAGAGGAGGCAAAAGAAAGAGUGGAAAGAGAGAACUGGGAAACAGUGAAUAGUCCAAAUUAGUGGGUGCUGUUAGACGAGUAGUACUAUUGCAAACUGAAAUUAAAUUAAAUGAAACUGAAUGAAAAAUUUAAAGGAGGCCUAAAGGGCUAAAUAGAAGUGGGACUGCAUUUCUCAAAGUCUAAUCAGAAUCACAAUAUGAACUACUGAUUUGAGUCUUUAAAGACACACACCAUCUAGUUGAACAGCCAAUCUAACAAAGAAGUAUAUAACACAAUGGCUUUUUUGGUUUUUUAAUGGGUAAUUCAGAUUUCAUAGUGAUGGGGAAAAGACAGCCUGUUUUGAAAGAUGUGCUGAUAGAUGGAAAGGCCAUGAGCAUUUUUUGUAGUUCCCCUAAGAAAUUUGAAGGAUUGUAUGAAGUAAUUCUAACAGUGUUGAUGCUUGCAAUAUAACAUGCUUGUUCUGUGAAAAGGCCAUAUUUGCAUGUCCCUGCUGCCAUCAUCAGAACUGGGAGGAAAUUUUCAUACUAAUCCAAAAGACCACAGCACAUAUCUCAAAGAGGUAACAGAUUCAGUUGCAAAAGGAAAUCUGUUAAAAUGUUACUGUGGCUGACUGCAUGUUUUAGUAGAUUUCCAUGUUAGGCAUGUGGGAAUUUCUGUGCAUGCU